AUACUUGAUGAGCUUCUUUGAUAUCUAACCACACGUACGUACACACUGAGAGCUGGUAAUAUAAUAGUAUUUCUGCUGUACUCUAGAGACGAAAUGGCAGACCGUAAAGCCGAGCUGGAGAAGAAACGCAAGAAGCUUGAGGAGCUCAAAAAAGCACGGGAACAGAAGAAGAUUGAGGCUAAAGAUAAGGUCAUUUCUCCGGUCAAGGAUCCAUCCGAGGGCGCAUCAGAGCGCGAGGAUAUCAGCCAGCUGGUGGAUAGGCUCAUAGGAGGGGAUACAACUCAGACUGCCACCCCGGCAACCCUCUCCCCUCAGGCAUCUAAACCCAGCGCAACCAUCGCCAAGACAACCACCACACCGACCAUUGCGACUAGCAAACAACGAAAGCUCAAACUAGUCGUGGACCAGCUAGCCCCCGUCAAUAUACGCCCACGAGAGGUGGAGCUGUAUGCUAAGCAGACCCAGACGGAGGUGAGCUCGUAUGAAGGAGAGGGCACAGGCAGCGAGGACGAGGAUACGGAGGAAAGGGCAGAGCCUAGCUAUCGGGAGGUCCUCGGCAAGACAGGGGAGACCAAGGAACAGGAGAGUCAGCCUCUGCCUGUAGUGGAGUUCACUGCUGAACAAGUGGAGAGGAUAGUAUCAUCUGAUAACUUUGUCUCCUUCGUUGACCGCACCUCUCGUCUUGUGGAGAGGGCGCUCUCUGGACCCUCUGAUAUCCUCUUUGAUUAUAUAACUGGCAACUCAGUGGAGAAUGGAGAUUCCCCCUCGAGUCGCAGGGUGGUAAAGAAGAAGGUGUUCCUUGAUGAGCGCUGGACUCAGAACAGAGCAGUCAAUGCCAUGGACUGGUCAGGACAUCACCCUGAGCUACUUCUAGUGUCCUACUACACCAACCCCAACAUCCCCCAUGAUCCUGACGGGGUAGCUCUCAUGUGGGACCUGAAGUUCCAGAAAGAUUCUCCAGACUACGUCUUCAACUGCCAGAGUCCAGUUAUGUCUGUGGCCUUCAGCAAGUUCCACCCUAACUAUGUGAUAGGGGGCACCUACUCUGGUCAGAUAGUCCUCUGGGACACACGCAGUGGGAAGAGGACUCCUAUACAGCGCUCACCCCUCUCAAGCUCCGCCCACACACAUCCUGUGUAUUGUCUGGAUGUCGUGGGCAGUCAGAAUGCCCACAAUCUCAUCUCAGUCUCUACCAACGGCAAGCUGUGCUCAUGGAACCUGGACAUGCUCUCACAACCUCAGGAAUCAUUGGAACUGACCAACAAACAGACCAAGCCAGUAGCAGCCACAUGUCUGUCCUUCCCCUCCAACGAUGUCAAUAAGUUCAUUGUGGGCAGUGAGGAGUGUUCUAUAUAUCAGGGGCAGAGACACGGGAGCAAGCCUGGAAUAUCUCUACAGUUUGAUGGCCACUGGGGACCCAUCACUAGCAUCAGCUCUCACAGGGCAGCAGGGCAGGUUGAUUUCUCUCAUUUGUUUCUCUCUUCCUCGUUUGACUGGAGCAUGAAGUUGUGGUCCUCCAAGCUACUCAAUGAGCAGCAAAUGACAAACAAGACUGGGUACCCCCUCUGCUCGUUUGACAACAACUCUGAAUAUGUGUACGAUGUUCAAUGGAGCCCCGUUCAUCCCUCUGUCUUUGCCAGUGCUGACGGGGCGGGAAAACUUGAUUUCUGGGACAUCAACGCAGACACAGAGGUUCCGAUAGUGAGUGAGAGUGUUGAGUCCUCCCUGGUCAAGCUCUGUUGGUCUCCUACUGGACACCACCUUGCAGCGGGGGACCUCAGUGGAGGGGUACACAUCUAUGAGGCUGGAGAGGGGUUCUGCUCCCCUCACCCGGACGAAUGGACCAAGCUGCAACAGACACUAUUAGAAUUUCAAGAGAACCAAGAAAUGACUGCCAUAACACCCUGACAAUGAUUCACUAGGAUUCAUAGACACAUUUAAUAUAAUGGCAUUGUAACAAGUACAUUUUAUACUACUGUGUGUGUCAAUUUAUUUUGGUAAUGGUCGUCAAAAGUUCAAA